AUGGAUGUUGCUGAUGUAAUAAGCAUAACAAGACCAAUUCCAAGGACGGAAGAGGAGGAGGAGGAGGAGGAGGAGGAGGAAACGGAAAAUUUGGAGGUUUCUGAUGUUGAGAUGGACAACACUAAUGGAGAUAUAUUGAGAAAUCCCAACCAAGGGUCAAUAGUGACACCAGGUGAGUUGAUAACCGAAGAUCCUGUAUGGAUGAAAGGUCAUGGCACAUACUUUAUCAACGACAAAACCUACUCGUCUGUUGUGGGCAAUAUAUCACGAGUUAACCGUCUUUUAAGUGUUAAUCCUAUACGAGGCAAAUAUUCUCCCGAGACAGGUGAUCAUGUUGUUGGGCGCAUAACAGAAGUAGCCAACAAGAGGUGGAAAGUAGAUAUUGGCACAAAGCAGGAUGCGAUUUUGAUGUUGGGGUCAGUGAAUCUUCCAGGCGGGAUAUUGCGCCGUAAAUCUGAAUCUGAUGAAUUACAAAUGCGCAACUUUUUGAAAGAAGGUGACUUGUUGAAUUGCGAGGUUCAAACUAUAUUCAAUAAUGGAAUUGCAUCGUUGCAUACUAGAUCUCUCAAGUAUGGGAAACUAAGAAACGGGAUAUUUUUGAAGAUCCCCAGUUCCUUAGUUAUCAAAUCCAAGAAUCAUAGCUUAGAUUUACCCGGGAAUGUUUCUGUAAUACUUGGGGUCAAUGGAUACGUUUGGCUUUACAAGACAAAGAAAAAUUUAAAUAAGCUGGCAUUGGCAACGACCAGCAUAGUGAGUGGCGGCUCCAAAUUGCAACAAGCAGGAAAAGAAUACUCGCCGGGACAAGGUUCCAUUUCAAUAACAAGACUAGAAGAAGAAAGUUCCUGGGAAAUAUAUAGUGAUAAAAAUGAAGAAAUAAAUUCCCUGAUUAGGAACAAUAUUGCGAGGUACUAUAAUGUUAUCAAGGCCUUGACAUUUGGUGAGUUGGGAAUUACGGAACAGAGAAUAAUAAUGGGUUAUGAGGCCAGUUUGUCGUAUUCCAAUGUUGGUAGUUUGAACGACCGUGAGUCUAUGGAACAAUUGUGUCGUGAAGUGUUGAAUAGUGAAAAAAUGAGAGGUUGA